UGUGUUUAUGAUCAUAGAUAGUUAUGGUAAACGUCAGUUUGCGAACGUUAGAAUUAGUUUAGCAAUUAUUAAUUAUUAUUUAAGUGAUUAUUUGUAAAUGUCACGUUUUGGGUAGUUUCUUAAUGUGAUUCUAAUUACGUUUCAAUGAUAAGCUUAAAUAGUCAAAACAUUUGAAAAUAUGGAUUGCUAUGAACGGUGAUGCAAAUCGGUGUCAAGAGGUUAAGGCGCACAUUUCAAGUUCAUAUGUGGCAAUCCGUUUUUAAAACUAGUUUUAACUUAUUUCUAAGCCUCACAUAGCAGGUGAAUCGUAUUAUCGCGCUUUCACUUGCAUAUUUGUACGAUAAUAUGAUCCGCUGCUUUACUUUGACGAGAAUUUUCACUUUGUGACUUUAAUAUUAUGUUUUACUUUUGAUUUCAUUGUAAUAUCUUUGCAAGUAAAUUAAAAAGACAUGGCUUUGAAGCAAAAUAACAGUGAUUUGAUAUUUAUCAGUAAAAGUUUAAUUGCUGGAGGUAUUGCUGGUAUGGUGUCCAAAACAACAGUAGCUCCUUUAGACCGAAUUAAGAUACUUCUGCAAGCUCAUAAUCGACAUCAUGCUAGCCAUGGUGUAUAUAAUAGUCUUCGUCAUAUUGUUGAAAAUGAAUCAGUUUUUGCUCUCUAUAAAGGAAAUGGUGCUCAAAUGGUUCGCAUUUUUCCUUAUGCAGCUACUCAAUUUACAGCUUUUGAAUUAUACAAGAGAUUUUUUGAUGGAAUUUUUGGACCUACCUCUCAUUUGGAUAAGUUUUUUGCAGGCUCCUGUGCUGGUUUAACAGCAGUAGCUUUAACAUAUCCCUUGGAUACGAUUCGAGCAAGGCUUGCAUUUCAGAUAACUGGUGAACAUAUUUACACCGGUAUAGCCCAUGCUGCUGCUACAAUUUUCAAAGAAGAAGGGGGCGCCCGAGGUCUUUAUCGAGGUUUUUUGCCUACAUUGAUGGGGAUGGUUCCCUAUGCAGGCUUGUCCUUUUACUGUUUCGAAUAUCUUAAGUAUGGUUGCAUGAAAUAUUUUCCAAAUUUAACUUGCAAACCGUGUAAAAAGAACACAGGGGGCUUGGUGCUUAUGGUACCUGCCAAAUUAAUUUGCGGAGGGUUGGCAGGGGCUGUAGCUCAAAGUGUAAGUUACCCCUUGGAUGUAACAAGAAGACGUAUGCAAUUGGCUCUUAUGAAUCCAGCAACGAAACAUUUUGCUACAGGGAUGGUUUCUACUCUUGUUCAUGUAUAUAAAGAACAUGGGAUUGUUAACGGGUUGUAUAGGGGUAUGUCUAUUAAUUAUAUGAGAGCUAUUCCUAUGGUAGCUGUUUCUUUUUCUACUUAUGAAUUAUGUAAGCAGAUGUUGAACUUAGACACAGGGUUAGAACUAAAAAGUUCUGCUUAGUUAAGAGAAAAGUUGUAGGAUUGUUUUUGGAUAUAUUUACCUUAUUCCAUGUCCUUUUAAUAUUUAUUUUCUGGCUACUAUGCUUUAAAAACUAUAAUUGAUUAUUAAGAUAUUACCUUUUUAGUCUGUUUUAUUAGUUCUAAUUAAUUUUAUAAGAUAAAGGCUUUAAUGAAUUUCUAAAGGCUUAAUCACUUUUAAUCACUGUUAAUGAAUCAUGAAUGGUUUUUAGUUCUUUUAUCACAAAAAAAUGUUUCAUAUUUAAAUUUGACUAUUGAAUAUAUAACGAUGUAACUUAGUUACCAUUAUUAUCAUAAAACAUGUGAUAUAAUACAUACAUAGCAUAUAUAACUAUUUACUUUUGACUAUAAAGAAAUGUAGUCGAAUUUUUGUUACAAUGUUUAUUAUAAAAAGUUGAAAAAUAUUUCGCGUUAGUAUUGUUUUACUAUCAUUAAAAAAUGUGUAUUUUUGGUAUAUGUACCUGAAUAAUUUACAAUGUUGAAUGUGCAAAAGGUGAGUGUUUCAUUUAGUUGUAGUGUAUUUAUUUUUAUAUUUGUUGGGUUUCUGUAUGUUUAUCAAAUUGUAUUUUAUU